AUGGCCAAGUUUGCUGUCAAUCAGAACCUGCCUGACCUGGGCGGCCCUCGCCUGUGCCCCAGCGCGCCCGGGGGCGCCCGCAGCCCGAGCUCGCCCUACUCGGUGGAGACGCCCUAUGGCUUCCACCUGGACCUGGACUUCCUCAAGUACGUGGAGGAGCUGGAGCGCGGCCCCCUGCGCGAGCUCGAGGACCAGGCGCGCGCGCUGCCCGAGCUGCAGGAGCAGGUGCGCGCGCUGCGCGCUGAGAAGGCGCGGCUGUUGGCUGGGCGCGGGCCGCCGGAGCCCGACUGGGAGGCCGAGGCGCGCCCGGACAAGCUCGCUCAGCUGCGGCGUCUCACCGAGCGCCUGGCCACCUCCGACCGCGGCGUCCGCGCCAGGGCCAGCCCCCGGGCUGACGGCCCCGACGGGUCGGCUUCGAGGCGCAGCGAGGGCGCGCUCCAGGUCCUCGACGGGGCAGACGGGACCCCCGACGGGGCGCCCCAGACGCGGGAGGCGGGCGCACAGGCCGGGCCGGAGACCCAAGAUGCAGGAGCCCAGGCCGGGCCGGAGACCCAAGAUGCAGGAGCUCAGGGCAGGCCAGAGACCCGGGAGGCCGGCGUGGAGGCAGCUCCUGAGACUCUCGAGGCGGACGCAUGGGUGACCGAGGCGCUGCUGGGGCUGCCCGCGGCCGCCGAGCGCGAGCUGGAGCUCAUGCGCACCAGCCUGGAGCACCAGCGCGGGGUGAGCGAGCUCCUGCGGGGUCGCCUGCGCGAGCUGGAGGAGGCCCGCGAGGCUGCCGACCAGGAGGCAGAGGCAGAGGCAGCGGCGGCGGCUCGGCCCCAGCCGCGCGAGGUUGCCACCCAGACCCCGUGGGGUUGUGCCGAGGCGGCCACGCAGACCGAGCCCCCCGCAGAGGCCCCUUCCCUGGCGCAGGAGAACUCGCCUGGAUCCCCGGACGGGGACAGAGCCGCGGCCCCCGCGGGCGUCCUCAAAUCCAUCAUGAAGAGGAGAGACGGUACACCUGGCGCCCAACCCAGCCCCGGACCCAAGAGCCUGCAGUUUGUUGGGGUCCUCAACGGAGAGUACGAGAGCUCUUCCAGUGAGGACGGCAGUGACAACGACAGCGAGGACGGCGCUGCCGAGCCCCCGAGGAGCAGCAGCUCCUCCGGCUCCGGGGAAGACAGCGGCGGGGGAUCCGACUCGGGCACCCCCGGGCCUCCCAGCGGCGGGGACGUCCGGGACCCCGAGCCGGAGCCAGAGCCGGAGCCGGAGCCUCAGCUGGGUGCGCAGGGAAGGUGCGAGCUGAGCCCCCGUUUGCGGGAGGCGUGCGCAGCGCUGCACCGGCAGCUGAGCCGGCCCCGCGGAGUCGCCCGCGACAGUGGCGCGGCGCGCCUGGUGGCCCAGGAGUGGUUUCGAGUGUCGAGCCAGCGGCGCUCGCAGGCGGAGCCCGUGGCGGGGGUGUUGGGUGCGGUGGCGCGCCUGGGACCUGAGCUGCUGGCCCACGUGGUGAACCUGGCGGAUGGCAACGGGAACACAGCCCUGCACUACAGCGUGUCGCAUGGGAACCUGGCCAUCUCGAGCUUGCUGCUGGACACGGGGGUCUGCGAGGUUGACCGCCAGAACCGAGCCGGCUACUCGGCCCUCAUGCUGGCUGCACUCACCUCCGUGGGGCGGGAGGAGGCGGCCAUGGCUGUGGUCCAGAGACUCUUCCGCAUGGGCGAUGUCAAUGCCAAGGCCAGCCAGACCGGGCAGACGGCCCUCAUGCUGGCCAUCAGCCAUGGCCGCCAGGACAUGGUGGCGGCCCUGCUGGCGUGUGGGGCAGACGUGAAUGCGCAGGAUGCGGAUGGGGCCACGGCGCUGAUGUGCGCCAGCGAGUACGGGCGCCUGGACACUGUCCGGUUGCUGCUGGCCCAGCCAGGCUGCGACCCCGCCCUCCUGGACAAUGAGGGCACCAGUGCCCUGGCCAUGGCCUUGGAGGCUGAGCAAGAUCAGGUGGCUGCUCUGCUGCACGCCCACCUGAGCUCGAGCCAGGCUAGUCCCCUGGUGAGUUCAUCCCCUGAUGCCCCCAUGGCUGCCCCUGGUGAAGGAGGAUGCAGUGACAAUGGAGAGGACCGCCAGCCUCAGUGAGCAGCCUGGCACACUGGACCCGGAUGGGAGCAGAGAUCUUUCCCUCCCCCACGUCAGCCCCUGGGGCACAGCAGGGGCCAGCGUGGACCAGCAGGGUGAGGCAGGGCUGAGGAGUGACAGGGCCCCUAGUCCCCCCCCACCAGUCCCCCCACGGCUUCCGUAAUAAAACAU